AAAAGGACAGACAGUGGAAAUGGCUUUUCGACUAUUUUUCUUCACGUUGUCUGUAUGGCUAGUGACAGCAAUGCCAGGCAAGAGAGCCAUUGAGGAAACGAUGUGUGAUAUGACAGCUGAUGGGUGUUUGUCUGCUCUUCAGCUCGGUGAUUUUGAUUCUCCUCAGAACAUGACUAGAAUAUGCACAUCAACGCAGCCCCAGUUUGUCCAGUGUGUCGACAGGAUACCUGAACAUUGUAGCGCUUCCGUCGUAAAACUAGGACUGGAUCAGAUUCUGUCCUAUUUAAACACUUUAUGUGGAGCAGGCGGUUGUGGAUUGACUGACAUGGAACCAUGCGCAACUCUACUUACACAGAUCGAAAGCGGAGGUACAUUAUGCAGUGUAAAAGAGCCAUUCCUCACCUGUGAUAGAAACCUCCCCGACGCUUGUCGAUCAGAUUCCAAUUACCAGAUGAUGCUGGCACCUGCCCGCACAUGGCUUGAAUCCCUUAGCUGCUGAGAUUCAAACUAGAUGUAAGACCUGAUGCCGUGUAACCUGAGGACGCUACCAACACUAUAUGAUAC